AACGAUCUGCAGCAUCCAGCGGGCGCGGGGCCCGACUGGCCAAUGGGAGAACGGCAGGGGGCGGGACGUGUCCGCGGCGCUCACACCUCCACAUAUCGAUAAAUCAGUGGAGCCGGAGAGCGAUCGAGUUUCCGCCGCGCACCGACCUGUGGACGUUCACGCCGACACGGAGACGGAGACGCAGGCGGCCGCUUGACGGGGACGCGCACCGGGACACCCGCUGACAUGGACGUGUCCGUCUGACGCGCGCUCUCUCCAGCAGGUCCACCGAGCAUGUCGACGGCAGAAGGAGGCAGCCAGCGCGAGGAGGGGGAGUACGGAAGGGCGGCGAAGAGGCUGAAAACGGAGGAGAGGGAGGAGGUGGAGGAGGAGGGGGAAGAGGAGCUGGAGGAGGGCGAGGAUUCCGACUCCGGCUCGCUGCCCGGUAACGGGGAGCCGGCGGGGGACACGCGGGCCCGCUGGAGCGAGAGCCAGUACGACGCGGGGCGGAAGGACAAUGGCGAGGACUCACACCGCAUCUCUCCCAGCCCGGUGGUCCAUGUCCGGGGUCUGUGUGAGGCCGUGGUGGAAGCAGACCUGAUAGACGCCUUGGAGAAGUUUGGCUCCAUAUGUUACGUGAUGAUGAUGCCGUUCAAGCGCCAGGCCCUGGUGGAGUUCACUGCGGCGGAGAGCGCCGACCGCUGCGUGUCCUGUGGAGCCAAGGAGCCCGUGUACAUCGCAGGCCAACAGGCGUACUUCAAUUACUCCACAUCCAAGAGGAUCACCAGGCCGACCAACGCCGACAACCCCAACAGUGGCAACAAGGUGCUGCUGCUCUCCAUCCAGAAUCCCCUGUACCCCAUAACCACGGACGUCCUGUACACCGUGUGCAACCCCAUCGGCAGCGUGCUGAGGAUCGUCAUCUUCAAGCGAAAUGGAAUCCAGGCCAUGGUGGAGUUUGAGUCGGUUCAGUGUGCUCAGAAGGCCAAGGCUGCUUUGAACGGAGCGGACAUCUACGCCGGCUGCUGUACGCUCAAGAUUGAAUACGCACGGCCAACACGGCUGAACGUGAUUAAGAAUGACAACGAGAGCUGGGACUACACCAAACCCUACCUGGUCAGACGAGACCGUGGGAAGGGAAGGCAGAGACAGGCCAUAUUGGGAGAACACCCAUCGUCCUACAGUGAUAACGGCUAUGGUUCCCCUUGCCCCCUGCUGCCUCUGCCAGGCAACAGCAGGUACAAGCUCAGCUCAGCGGACGUUCCAGACAUGGUGUCCUACCCGCUGCCCCAGUCCUCCUCCUCGUACUCUGCCCACGCACCCAGCUCCGUCGCCAUGGUGAGCGGCCUCCAUUCCUCCAAGAUGAACUGUACCCGCAUCUUCAACCUCUUCUGCCUCUAUGGCAACAUUGAGAAGGUAAAGUUCAUGAAGAGUGUGCCUGGCACAGCGUUGGUUGAGAUGGGAGAUGAGUAUGCUGUGGACAGAGCCAUCACACACCUCAACAGCAUCAAGGUGUUCGGCAAGAGACUCAAUGUCUGUGUGUCCAAGCAGCACGCAGUGAUCCCCAGUCAGGUGUUCGAGUUAGAGGACGGCAGCAGCAGCUACAAGGACUUUGCCAUGACGAGGAACAACCGCUUCAGCAGCGCCGGACAGGCCUCCAAAAACAUCAUCCAGCCUCCGUCUGCAGUGCUGCACUACUAUAACGUCCCCCCGUGCAUAUCCCAGGAGCAUCUACUCCGGCUGUGUACGGAGCACGAUGUGCCCGGCUUCGUCAAAUUCAAGAUGUUUGAUGCCAAACCCUCCUCUAAGACCAUCUCUGGCUUGUUGGAGUUUGACAGUAAGACGGAGGCAGUGGAGGUUCUUACUGUUCUCAACCACUACCAGAUAAGGAUACCCAACGGGUCCAACCCAUACACCCUGAAACUGUGUUUCUCCACCUCGUCUCAUCUAUAAGACGUCGCAGAGCACAAGAAGAGCCCGAUGAUGGCCGACCUUUGACCCGGGAGAGGGAGACGGACUCGUAGACAGGUGCAGCAGAGAUGUAUGAAAGAAGGAGGAAAUGAGUGAGACAAAUGUGGAAGGAGAUGAAAUUGGUGACUUUUUUUAGGGGAGCCAAGACGCUAUCACACAAACAGUCAUCACCUAAUGUCCAAUCACAACUCAGCAAGCUGACAGUCAGAAAUACUCUAAUGACAGACUGAAAUAAAAGAAAAGAAAGAAUGGAAGACAUGAGAAGCAAAAACCAGACAGAAA